AUGUUCGGUGCAUUCAGAGCUACACAACCUGCAUUAGGUGGAUUAUUAUGGAAAGUCCCAUGGCGUAUGUCUGGUCCUCAAAAAGCAAGACAAAGAGACCGUUUGAGAAGCGUUGAUGAUGUUCUUUCAACUCUUAAGUUAGGUCUUCAUCUUGAAAGAAACCAUAUGGCGGUUUCUGAGGGAUCUCAGCUGAAUCUACGUAAGAUUAAACCUCGUGUGAAGAGCUUACGUAUUUUAGACAAGGCUCAGUAUUUCCCAAAGGAACCGGAGAUGUCUGCUACUGAUAAGUACAGUGUAUUCAACAGGUACUCGAAGGGAUAUAGAAAGGGUAUACAUAAAGUUCCCAAAUGGACCAAGCUUUCCAUCAGAAGAAACCCACGUCAUUUCUGA